AUAAAUUUUAAAUCUAACUGACCCAUUAAUCUCAGUCUCAGAUUCCUAGCGACCCUUCCAUCUUUGGAUCAUAAUACCACAUAAUAAUUUCUUGGGCACCUGGAUUAUCACCACCUCAAAGUCAUCCACCCUAACUUUCUUUACCAUUUUUACUUCUAUUUUCAUUUCUUCGCACCUGCAGGUCUCUUUCGCUGUAUGCCUUCAAGUCUUCUUCAUAGUUUACCUUACUUUCUCAUUUUCAGUUGGGAUUAAAGUUGUUUUGCCGGUGAAUAAAAAAUGGCUGCGCCGCCGAGUAGCCGGCUUCAGAGUAUGCUGCAAGAGGCGGUGCAAUCAGUUCAGUGGACUUACAGUCUCUUCUGGCAGAUUUGUCCACAGCAAGGGAUCUUAAUAUGGGGAGAUGGGUAUUAUAAUGGAGCUAUUAAAACAAGAAAAACAGUCCAGCCAAUGGAAGUUAGUGCCGAGGAAGCCUCUCUGCAGAGAAGUCAACAGCUAAGAGAGCUUUACGACUCCUUAUCCGCCGGUGAAACUAACCAGCCAACAAGACGGCCUUGCGCGGCCUUGUCACCGGAGGACUUGACGGAGUCUGAGUGGUUCUAUCUGAUGUGUGUCUCCUUCACUUUCGCUCCUGGAGUUGGGUUGCCGGGAAAAGCAUAUGCACGGCGGCAACAUGUAUGGCUCACCGGAGCAAACGAGGUUGACAGUAAAACCUUCUCUCGAGCUAUUCUCGCAAAGAGUGCUCGUAUACAGACUGUUGUGUGCAUUCCUCUUCUCGAUGGUGUGGUUGAAUUUGGCACCAUAGAAAGGGUUCAAGAGGACCUUGGAUUUAUUCAACAUGUAAAGACUUUCUUCACCGACCACCGCCUCCCAAAUCCUCACCCACCAAAACCGGCUCUUUCCGAGCACUCCACCUCCAAUCCUGCCACCUCCUCCGACCACCCGCGCUUCCAUUCAACUCCUAUCCCAGUCAUGUACGCUGCCGUUGUUCCACCAGCCAAUGCCAACCUAGAAGAAGGGGAGGAAGAAGAAGACGAUGACGAAGAGGAACACGAGUCCGAUUCUGAAGCUGAAACCGGUCGCAACAGCCGCCAAGCAGCAGCUCAAAACCCUCAAGCUGUAGCCCCAGCCGUGGCCGAACCCAGUGAACUAAUGCAGCUGGAGAUGUCCGAAGAUAUCCGGCUGGGCUCGCCCGAUGACGCCUCGAAUAACCUCGACUCAGAUUUUAAUCUGCUAGCCGUUAGCCAAGGUGCUGGUAACCCCGAUGAUCACCAAAGGCGAGUUGACUCCUUCAGAGCCGAGUCAAGCCGGAGAUGGCCGAUGUUGCAAGGAGCGCCAUUGAGUAGCAGCGGACUUCAACAAGCUCCUUCAGGACCACUGCAAGCGGAGGAAUUGACUCAAGAAGACACUCACUAUUCACAAACUGUAUCGACAAUUCUUCAAAAGCAGCCCAACCUGAGCCCCUGGCAGGACUCAUUGUCCACCGGCUACGUCUCCUACUCCACCCAAUCAGCUUUUUCCAAGUGGACAAACCGCUCGGAUCACCACCUCCCAAUCCAGGUUGAAGGCACAUCACAGUGGCUCCUCAAGUACAUUUUGUUCAGCGUACCAUUUUUGCACAAUAAAUACCGCGACGAGAACUCCCCCAAAUUGCCUGACGGCGGUGGCGACGCCGCCUCUAGGUUCCGCAAAGGAACCCCGCAAGACGAGCUGAGCGCCAACCACGUUCUGGCGGAGCGGCGCCGCCGUGAGAAACUCAAUGAACGGUUCAUCAUUUUGAGGUCACUCGUCCCGUUUGUCACCAAAAUGGACAAGGCUUCAAUUUUAGGCGACACUAUUGAGUACGUGAAACAAUUACGUAAAAAGAUCCAGGAUCUGGAGACACGUAAUAAGCAAAUGGAGGCCGAUCAGCGGUCAAAAUUAGCCGAGCUACAGAGGACUACAAGUAGUGGGUCAAGGGAGCAAAGAAGUGGGCAAACGGUUUUGGACAGAGCCCGAGUCCUACCCGGGCCCGCGUCGGACAAGAGGAAGUUGAGGAUAGUAGAGGCGGGUGGUGGCGUUACGAAACCGAAGUCGGUGGAUUCACCAGCACCUGGAGCGACGGGGGUGGCAGCAUUGACAACGUCGGUACAGGUGUCAAUCAUAGAGAGUGAUGCAUUGGUGGAAUUGCAGUGUCGGCAUAGAGAAGGGUUGCUUCUUGAUAUAAUGCAAAUACUGAGGGAGCUACUGAUUGAAGUGACAGCAGUUCAAUCUUCUUUGAACAAUGGGAUGUUUGUGGCACAAUUAAGGGCCAAGGUGAAGGAUGAUGCAAACGGGAAAAAGGCAAGUAUUGUGGAGGUGAAGAGGGCAAUUCAUCAGAUAAUACCCGCCCAGUACUGACGGAUACAAACAUGGAUAUAUAAAUAUCUAUGUUUGUGGUGAUGAAACAGGAGGGUGGCUGUAUCUGUAAAGGUCAGGGUUAUGGUUAAAAUGAAAUAUAAUUAAUUAAUCAACUAGUCAUGUCGUUCCCCAUCCAUCCCCAUGCCAUGUGUAAUCUAACAAAUUUUACUGUAUAAGAAAUGCCAGAGCUUUGUUUAAUA